CCUCCGCGCGCGACUACGCUCAUAAAAGGGAAAAAAAAAAAAAGCGUGUGCGGUUCUCGACGUGCCGCCAAUCUUCGAACGCAGGUCCGUGAUCAUCCGCAGACUCCGAAAAAGCGUUCAAUGAACGCGCCUGCUUCCCUCGUCGCAGUUUCCAGCCCGAAGAGCUUGUUUUCUGCGAGACUUGGCACCCCUGUGAGACAAUGGCCCUCGUGUCUGCCGAUUCCCGCAUUGCAGAACUUCUCACGGAGCUCCAUCAGCUGAUCAAGCAAACCCAGGAAGAGCGUUCGCGGAGCGAACACAACUUAGUGAACAUCCAGAAGACCCAUGAGCGGAUGCAGACAGAGAACAAGAUUUCUCCCUAUUACCGGACAAAGCUGCGUGGCCUCUACACAACCGCCAAGGCCGAUGCAGAGGCUGAGUGCAAGUGAGUACUGUGCUCCCGCU